AUGAACUGUGAUCAGAGUGAAAAUGCAUAUUGGAAAGCCAAGUUGACAAUAGCAAAUACGGAAGGACGAAACGAUUCUGAGCCGAGAAUGCUUGAGGUCGGUUACUUCCCUUGCGACUGUGUACGCAUCAUUGAUGGCAAACGACUUCCUGAUCAUCUUACGUCUUCAAAUAACAAGAUUUCCUCGCUGCCAACACGUCAAGUGUCCGCUCUGCUCAGGUAUCGCAUUGGAUUGCGUCAUCCAGUUUUCGGGAUCGAUUUGGUGGAUCACUUGGCAAGAACUGGACGAAAAGUUCCUCUAAUUGUUGAGCGAUGCUGCGAAGCGAUUGAACGGCAAGGAGUGGUCACUGGUAUUUAUCGACAAUGCGGAAUACAGUCCAAUAUACAAAAAUUGAGAGCGAAAUUCGAUAGCGGAAGCGAGCCAGACCUGUUCGAAUUUGGUCAGCGGGAUAUCUACUCUGUGUCCUCGUUAUUGAAGCAGUAUUUUCGGCAGCUUCCUAAUCCACUGUUCACGUUCCAAUCGUACGCGAAAAUUCUGAGUGCUUUCGAAAGCCCGGACCAUGACAAAGCACUCAAGCUGCGAGCUGAAAUGGAAGCUAUGCCGUUUGCUCACUUCCGGACAGCUACAUACCUGAUGCGACAUCUCACCCGCCUGUGCAAUUAUACUUCACUUACCGACAUGACAGCGAAAAACCUGGCUAUUGUCUGGGCACCCAAUUUGUUUAGAGCACCUCCCGUCCUCGAUGGUGACGAGUCGCAUAUGCUCAGUGGCUUAGAUGUGCACACGUCGCUCUGCAAUUACCUUAUCACAAAUUCAUCGGACAUAUUCGUCGACGGACUUGCAGAGGUCACCAAUAUCUCAGGUAUUCUUAACGUGUCUGAAUAUUCAUCUCAGAAUAUCUUUUCGAAACAUUGGCUGCAGCAC